GGGUCACCUUGGCAAAAAACUGGCUGAGGAAUGACAAGGCCAAUGUUACCAUCCUCACCAAUAAUGCUAUAAGACACCGAAGUAACACACAUCCUUAUGAGAUCAAUCCACCAGAUGUUUGAAACCCAAAGCAAGCAUCAUAUCAAAUAGGAAAUUUCACUCUAGCCUAUGAUAGGCUUUACUGAUAUCAGUUUUCAAAGCCGUUAAUUUCAUAAAGAUCAGAUAUCAUCGUAUGGAGAGAUUUUAAAGUAUGAGAAAGAGACUUUGUCAAAAAAAAGAAAAAAAGGUAUGAGAAAGAGAAUCGUAGAAGAAAAGAACGUGGGUCUGUCCAAAAGAUUCAUGUGCUGUUCGGACAUAGGCCCGAUCCACCCGACCUAACGUCUGAUCCAACUCCCAAUUUCUUGGUAGUUAAAAAACUUGAACAGAGACAAUAUCGUUUUUUCCGCUUCAUCUCUCAUCAUAAAAAAUAUUCACAUGCUGACUACUUUCUUUUAUAACUUUUUCUCCACAAAUUCAAUUCACUUGAAACUUCAAACCUUGUUUUUCUGAUUCUCCAAAAGUUCACGAAAAAAUAACAGAAAGGGUACAUAUUAAUAAGAUUGUAAAUGGAUAUUGAUGAGAUUAUUGGUGAGACAACGACAAGGUCAAUGAAUCUGCCAACAAAGAGUGCAAUUUAUGUUUGGGGAUAUAACCAUAAUGGGCAAACAGGCAGGAAAGGGAAGGAGCAAGAAUUGAGGAUUCCAAAGCAGCUUUCUCCCGAGCUUUUUGGGUGCCCAGCUGGUGCUAAUGCUCGUUGGUUAGAUAUAGCUUGUGGCCGUGAACACACUGCUGCUGUAGCCUCUGAUGGAUCUCUUUUCACUUGGGGUGCUAAUGAAUUUGGUCAACUGGGAGAUGGCACUGAGGAGGGUAAGAAGUACCCAAAGAAAGUAAAGCAAUUGGAAACUGAGUUCGUGAAAUCUGUAUCUUGUGGAGCACACUGUACUGCUGCAAUUGCAGAACCUCGUGAAAAUGAUGGAACCAUAUCAACUAGUAGACUUUGGGUUUGGGGACAAAACCAAGGAUCAAAUUAUCCACGUUUAUUCUCAGGGGCCUUUGCACUGAAUACGAUUAUCUGUCAAGUGUCUUGUGGUGCAGUUCAUGUAGUGGCUCUAUCAGAGGAUGGCCUAUUGCAAGCUUGGGGCUACAAUGAAUAUGGUCAGCUUGGCAGAGGUAUCACCUGUGAAGGACUACAGGGGCCUCGUGUAAUAAAUGCUUAUGCAAAAUUUUUGGAUGAAGCCCCUGAGCUCGUGAAGAUUACCCGGGUGUCAUGUGGGGAGUACCACACAGCUGCCAUAUCUGAAAAGGGCGAGGUCUAUACUUGGGGACUAGGAAGUACGGGCCAACUUGGGCAUACUUCUCUUCAAUCCGGGAAUAAAGAGUUACUGCCUAGGCGAGUGGUCGCCCUUGAUGGAAUUCUGAUAACAGAUGUUGCAUGUGGAGGUGUACACACUUGUGCUGUGACUCAGAAAGGAGCUCUUUAUGCUUGGGGUGGUAGUCAGUUUGGGCAAUUGGGCCUUGGCCCCCAAACUGGAUCCUUUUCAUUCAUUCCCAGUGAUACUGAAUCAUUUCUUCGGAAUAUCCCUGCUUUGGUUUUCCCAACUGGUGUGCAGCUUGUUGCUUGUGGCCAUUCUCACACUCUUAUCUGUUUGAGGGAUGGAAGAAUACAUGGAUGGGGUUAUAAUAGCUAUGGGCAGGCAGCUAAUGAGAAAACAACAUAUGCUUGGUAUCCAUCACCUGUUGACUGGUGUGUAGGAGAAGUGAGGAAACUAGCAGCUGGUGGUGGCCAUUCGGCAGUUCUGACUGAUGCUUGUUCCUUGAAAGAAUUGUGUGAGUUUAGACUUGCAGAUAGUGUGACAUUAUCAAAUGCUUCGGAAAUUGAGGAUGUUGCAUCUAGAACUGGAGCAGAUGCCUUAGCUCGCCUUUGUGGAAGAUUGAGGGAGCAUUUGCUUGAUGGUAGUGAAUUGGAUUAUGAAGAUGAUGAAAUGGGAAGUGGGAAGAACUGAACAGUUGAACCUGGGUUUGGAGAUUUCUGACCAUUGUUUUAGUAUGUAGUUUCUAUGUACAUAUAUUUAAUGCAAUCUGAUCAAAACAGCAAAUUUGAUGAACUAUAUCCCUUUCAGAUGAAAUUGGGGAAUCCCUGUAUCCUAUAAGAUAAGAUAGUCUUUGUAUUAGUUUAUUUGUCGUCUGCCACCUAGAUGAAACAUGUGUUGGCUGGUGGCUGUAAAAUUAAUCAUCUUCUAGACGAUGGAUUUGUAAUUGGAUACCUGUUGAAUAAAUAUAAGAUUUAGCGACUAGGACAUUUGCUGACUA